AUGGCCUCGGAACGUUCGCGCACUGGUCCAAGCUCCCGACGCGCCCAACCAUAUCAGGAAAGGACUUCUACAUGGACUACGGCCGAAGCCCCUUGGUUUGCUGGCCGUCGCGGGACCACCUCAGAGGCAACUCCACCGCCAGACCGACCAGUGUUUGCCAUUGUGGACUAUAUGAGCCUCCGGGACUUCGCCGUGGAUUUCGAGGAGCUCACUCCGUCCAACUUUGAGAAUGCUACACUUCAAGAGCUGGAGGCCAUUUUUACCUUCACACAACAAUACUCGGCGGAAGUCGCCCAUCAGAUGCCAGUGGGCAACAUACGAUUUGGCGUUUGCCAUAACCUAUGGCGGCAAUUCAAUCUUCGGGUGGCCACUUCGGACGUUGAACUACGUUAUCAAGAUCUUGAUGGGGACACCUUUCAAGUCUCGAAUGACACCACGAUUGUUGAGCUGUUAGACACGUAUAGACCUGAGUGGCGCAUUAGGCAGUCCGACUUCUUGUCCAGUGCCACGUUUGUUGGGGCCACCCAGCCCUUCCUUUUACGUCUUUCGUGUCACAAGUAUCGUCCAGGAAUAAUCUUGCCGUAG